UGUAUAAUUAAAUGAUUUUAAGAAAACAGAGUACCGGGACGUGCUGUGACGUCACUCCCGGUGCUGUGAGUGUCUCCGUCAGGACGCACCGGAGGACCGGAGGAGGACCGGAGCAGCAGCAACAUGGCUGCAGAUUACUGGGAGCCAGAAAGACCCGAGACUCUGUCAGACUGAACCGAGCCGAGGACGACCCGGGACAGACCGGGACCAGCCCUCCCGGUGUUGUCUGCAGGCUGGCUGCCCCGCCCCCCUUAGCGUCACGCCCUCCCCUGCCCCCCCGCCCCCCCCUCAUGGAGAGGAUGAGGAAGAUCAAACGGCAGCUGUCACUCACCCUAGGGAGGGGAGGGGCCGGAGGAGGGGACAGGACACUGAGUGACACCAUCAACCAGGAAGUGACAUCACACAGUGACUCAGAGGUGAUGUCACUUCGAGGUUCUUCUGGAGGUUUGAAGGUUCGAGGUUCGUCUUCUUCAGUUCAGUCUCUUCUUCAGUCGUACAGCAGCUCACUGAGGAAACCUCGAGGCCUCGGACGCAGCCUGAGCUCCUACCUGAACCACACCGCACGACUGGAGAUCGUCCAUGAGGAUGUAAAGAUGAGUUCAGAUGGAGAAAGUGAUCUGGUGUCUUCUUCAGACGAUGUUCCGAGUCCAGUUAAAGUGAGAAUGAGAAACAAGAAGAUCUCUACAGAGGACAUUAACAAACGUCUCUCGUUACCGGCUGACAUUCGUCUUCCAGACGGUUACCUGGAGAAGUUUAAUCUGAUUGGUCCGGCUCUGUUCGAGCAGCCAAUCAGCAGACGCCUGCGCAGAGUGUCUCUGUCAGAGAUUGGUUUUGGGAAACUGGAGACGUACAUCAAACUGGACAAACUGGGAGAGGGGACCUACGCUACAGUGUAUAAAGGUCGCAGUAAACUGACUGAUAACCUCGUGGCUCUGAAGGAGAUUCGUUUGGAACAUGAAGAAGGAGCUCCGUGUACUGCUAUCAGAGAAGUGUCUCUGUUGAAGGAUCUGAAACACGCCAACAUCGUCACGCUUCAUGACAUCAUCCACACACAGAAGUCCCUCACACUGGUGUUUGAGUAUCUGGACAAAGAUUUGAAACAGUAUCUGGAUGACUGUGGAAACAUCAUCCAUGUUCACAACGUCAAUCUCUUUCUUUUCCAGUUGCUGCGAGGUUUGUCGUACUGUCACCGGAGGAAAGUUCUCCACAGAGACCUGAAACCCCAAAACCUGCUGAUCAACGAGCGAGGAGAGCUCAAACUGGCUGACUUUGGUUUGGCUCGAGCGAAGUCGAUCCCGACAAAGACGUACUCUAAUGAGGUGGUGACGCUGUGGUACCGACCGCCGGACAUCCUGCUGGGCAGCACCGACUACUCCACUCACAUCGACAUGUGGGGUGUUGGUUGUAUCUUCUAUGAGAUGUCGACAGGUCGACCUCUGUUUCCUGGUUCCACGGUGGAGGAGGAGCUUCACUUCAUCUUCAAACUCCUCGGUACUCCCUCAGAGAAGAGCUGGCCUGGGAUCAGUUCUAAUGACGAAUUUGUGUCGCACAAUUACCCUCAGUACCGAGCAGAGAGACUGAGUAACCACACUCCCAGGCUCAGCAGUGAAGGAGUCGACUUGUUGUCAAAGUUCUUGCAGUUUGAAGGGAAGAAGAGGAUCUCAGCAGCGGAGGCGAUGCAUCAUAAUUAUUUCAGUAAGCUUGGAAGCAAAGUGGUAACACUUCCUGACUCAACGUCCAUCUUCAGUCUGUCAGAGAUUCAACUGGAAAAAGAAGCAAUCAGACCGACAGUCACACCUGAUCCAGCAAUCAGUCCGGCCAAGAGGCGGAGUCUACUCUUCUGACAUGAUCAUGGAGGCGCGGUCUGGUCUUCUGACAUCAUCGUGGAGGCGGGGUCAGAAACAAAGGGAAACUGAAAGAAAAGGAGGUGAUGAUUUUUUUUUCUCUGGAGGAGUAAAACAAAAGAAGAAGACACUGAAAUUAUUGUUAAUCAAGAGAAGAAGAGAAGAGAAUGGCAGCCUGCUGUCUACACAGACAGACAGACAGACAGACAGACAGACAGACAGACAGACAGAUGCAAUAAUGAAUCACAGCAGCCAUCUGACCAAUCAGUUAACAACAGAUUCAUCUCCGUACAUGAACGGAUGACUGAGUUAAAGCUUAUUGAACAGAACAGAUGUUGGAGUGAAUUCUGUCUUCCACUUUCAGAUUAAACACAUAAGACUUUGUUGUCAUGGAAACAGCUGAAUACAGGUGUCAGCUGUGUGAACACCUGCAGUGUCUGCAGCAACACUGUUAAAGUCCAUAAAUAACUCGUCAUUAAAUUUGAACUGCACUGAGUUCAAACUUUAUUUGUUUAAAUUUAAAAGCAGAACCAAACCAUCGAAGAGAGUUCAUCAUCAGUUCUCACAGGAAGUGGUGCCGACAAACAGAUUGAUUUCCACCUGUUUUAUACUAUCCAUCCAUUUUGCUUCCUCUUAUCCGGGGUCGGGUCGCGGGGGGCAGCAGGCUUAGCAGGGAACCCAGGCGUCCCUCUCCCCAGCAACGUUUUCCAGCUCUUCCUGGGGUACCCCGAGGCGUUCCCAGGCCAGACCAGAUAUAUAUCUCUCCAGUGUGCUCUGGGUCUACCCCGGGGCAUCUUACCAGCUGGACGUGCUCAGAAAACCUUUAAAGGGAGGCAAAUUGCGUCUCUGCAAAGAGCAGAGACGCAAUUCUGAGAGCCCCAAACCGGACACUCUCCUCCCCCCAGCUUCGCCUUGAGAUCCUGUCCAUGAAAAUCACAAACAGGAUCGGUGAUCAGGGACAACCCUGGUGGAAGCCAACACCCCACGGAAACGUGUUUGACUUUGUGCCGAGUAUACAGACACAGCUCUCACUGUGGUUAUAAAAGGACCGAAUAGCUAUUAGCAAUCGUAAGCCUUUUCCAAGUCCACAGAACACAUGUUGACUGGAUGGGCAAACUCACAUGCCGCCUCCAACAGCACUGCAAGGGUAAAGAGCUGGUCCACUGUUCCACGACCAGGACGGAAUCCGAAUUGUUCCUCCUGGAUCCGAGGUUCGACAAUCAGUCAGAGUCUCCUUUCCAGCACCGUAGAAUAAACUUUCCCGGGGAGGCUGAGCAGUGUGAACCCCAAUUGAAGCAAGCCCUUUGGUCCCCCUUUUUUAAAAAUGGGAACCACCACCCUGGUCUGCCAUUCCACAGGCACUUUAGGUUGCUGCCACGACGGGCACCGACGACCUUCCGACCACAACUCCUCGCAGCCGCUUCCACAAUGGAGGCUUUGAACACGACCCAAUCAGAUUCGAUGUCCCCAGCCUCCCCCCGGGAUGCGCAAAAUAGUCUUCCUAAGGUGGGAGUUGUAGACCUUGCGGACAGGGGCCUCAGCCAGACAUUUCCAGUUCGCCCUCAUGACACGUUUGGGUUUCCAAGGUCUGUCUGGCCGCCUCCCCCGCCAUCUGAUCCAACUCACCACCAGGUGGUGAUCAGUUGGCAGCUCCACUCCUCUCUUCACCCGAGUGUCCAAGACAUACGGCCGCACAUCUGAUGAUACGACCACAAAGUCGAUCAUCGUUCUUUGGCUUCGGGUGUUCUGGUGCCAAGUAAACUUAUGAACCGCCCUAUGCUUGAACGUGUUUGUUAUGGUCAAUCCAUGACUAGCACAGAAGUCCAACAACAAAACACCACUCUGGUUCAGAUCAGGCAGGCCGAUCCUUCCAAUCAGCCCCCUCCAGGUUUCUCCAUCAUCACCCAUGUGAGCGUUGAAGUCCCCCCAGCAGAACUAUCGAGUCCCCAGUCGGCGACUCAAAGAGACUCUAAGAGACGCCAAGAAGGCCGGGUACUCCGAGCUGCUGUUUGGUGCAUAAGCACAAACUACAUUCAAAGACUUCCUCUCAGCGACUCGUAGUAUCAUAGAGGCGACCCUCCUGUUCUCUGGGGAGAACUCCAACACAGCGGCGCUCAGCCGGGGUCUGGUGAGUAUCCCCACACCCACCUGGCGCCUCUUAACCUGGGCAACUCCGGAAAAGACGGGAGUCCAGCCCUUCUCCUGGAGUUUGGUUGCAGAACCAGAGCUAUGCGUGGAGGUGAGUCCAACUAUAUCUAGUUGAUACCGCUCCACAUCCUGCACCAGCUCCGGUUCCUUCCACGUACCUAGAGCCAGUCUGCGAUGCUGGGGAUCAGCACACCUAGAUCCCCACCUUUUCCUGCCGCCCGGCUCACACUGCACCCGACCCCAAUGCCUAUCCCCUGCGGGUGGUGGGCCCAAAGGGUGGCGGCUUCAUGUUGAUCUUUCGGGCUGUGCCCGGCCGGGCACCAUGUGCCAAAGCCUGGCCACCAGAUGCUCGCCGGCGAGCUCCCCUCCCAGGUGUGGCUCCAGAAGGGGGCCCCGGUUUCCUUUUUCCGGGUGAGGUUCCACAACUCUUUUGGUGCAGAUUCAUAAAGGGUCUGUGAAUCGCUUUCGGUCUGGCCCCUCCUCUGGGACCACUUUGCCUUGGGAGACCAUACCAGGAGCUAAUGCCCUCGACAACACAAGUCACUGGGGCACACAAACCCCUCCACCAUGUUUAAGGUGGCGAUUUAUGAGGGAUGAAGGGUGUUUUAUACCUGUUUUAAGUAAUACAUUUACAGUACAGUACUAUAUUGACAGUACAGUACUGCAUUGAUAGUACAGUAUUAUAUUUACAGUACUACAUUUACACUUAAGUGUUAUUUAUUAUAAAACCGACUGAAAAACUUUUGUUUGUUCAAACUGAAAUCCACGGAGAAAAGAAAAAGAAAAGAAACUUUGACUGUUUUUAUUCUGAAAUUGUGAAAUUAGUUUCUGCUGUUCUGCAUGUGUGUGUCGUACACUCAGACUGUAUGAAAUACUGGUAAUAUAUGUACUAAUACUGUAAAAAUACAGUGAUACUGCAAAUAUAUAUACAGGUAUACUGUAAGUCUGCAGUAAACAGCUGUGAGCUGUUUUCUUUAUACGUGCUCUUUAUCACAGAUCAUUUUAUUUUAACAGGAUUUAUUUUACUGGAGGUCAAUAAGUUGUUUUUCCCACCGACUGUCGGGAACCAGGAGAGGACGGUGUGAUGUCACCAGAGCCUCAGUGACAACCACUUAUCGGAGGUCAAGGGCGGGGCUUAUCGGUGGUCAUGGGUGGGGCUUAUCGGUGGUCAUGGGUGGGGCUUAUCGGUGGUCAUGGGCGGGGCUUUGCCAGCAGAUUGUCAGUUUCAGAUGGUUUGAUCUUGAGAAUCUCGUCACUUCAGAUAAAGUGAUUUCUCUGAAAAACAUCUUUUUAGGAUUUUGUUUUUCAGGUUGAGGAGCGGUAAUAUUUUUUUAAACAAACUGAUGUUGUUGCUGAUGUGAACUUUUAUUUUUUAGCUGUGAAGAAAUAUUAGCAAUAGAGAAAUAUUGAUCAGAAGACAAUAAUGAUUGAUCAGUGUUAA